AUGAAAUCUAUCACCAGAUCCGUUUGAAUCUAUCACCAGAUCCGUUUGAUGAGCAGAUUUGAACAAGGGAUCCACAGAUUUGAACAAGGGAUCCACGGAUUUGAACAAGGGAUCCACGGAUUUGCUGGAGAAUGGCCGGAAUCAGCACCAAGGAUGAGGGGCAGCAACCGUUUAAAGAUUCAUCUACUGUUGGUAUUGAACAAGGGAUCCACAGAUUUGAACAAGGGAUCCACGGAUUUGAACAACGGAGCAUUAGUGUCAAGAAUGGGCUCUCAUAUUCAAGAUUGUAAGACAAUCUUAGGGUAGGCAUUCUUGUGGCAUUAACUGCAAUAGACCACCAUUUGUUGUUAGGGGGUUGGAUACGAUAUCCCUGAAGUUGUUAAUUGCUCAGCUAGAAUAGGACUAGACAUGCUGGCAAAGCACUAUACAGAUGCUGUUGGAUUCGAUAUUGUUUUCUUCUUGCCCGAUAGUGAAGAGGAUUUUGCUUCUUACACAGUAUAGUAUGGAUUAUUCAACGAUUGAAAGUAUCGAUUACAUAGUAUGUAGGGUAAUAGACCUGUUUUUCAUCACUGAUGCCAGGCUUUGGCUAUAAAGAUAAUAAUGAAACGUCGAUUUUCUAUUAUCCAGGUUUGUUAAGAUCUAAAUGUGGAAAUGGUGGUUUUGGGCUACCCAGCACUGUCUGCGAUCACGAGCGUAUGGGGUCGCCGUUACCAUUGCCAUUGGGUUACCUCGAGUAGCCGGGCUUUUAUUUGUUGGCCGUCUAAAAAAAUUGAGUGGGUCGGACGGGUCAAAAGUUACCUACAUUGUAUUUAUAUACUUAUACUUACAACCACUAGAGUCACUUUAUUAAAAAGUUUGAUGAGCAAUUUCAUAUAUUAGUUUUCUUAAAUCUUAUUAAAUGUUUAUAAUACAAAAACGACUUAUUCAUUACUAAAAUGCAAUAUUUUGAUCUUAUGGUUUUGAUAUGAUAAGCUACAUUUACAUCAGUCGGGGAUUAGAGGGUAUUUUCAAAUUUAUGUGGAUAGUUAUGUAAGUUUAACUAAAAAUACACCAAGAAUUACAAGAAUGCUAAAUGGGCAGCGAUGCUGGGUGGAUUAAGGCGCACAUGGUGUUUUUCGGCGAAGGGUGUGAUCAACAGGUUCAAAGUGACUGCUCCAUCAGAAUUGAAUAUAAUUGGAAUCAACCAGUUCAUGAUUUGACCAUUGGUGUUGAAUUUGAGGCCUGGAUGAACACAAUCGUCAACAAACCAAUAAAACUUCAGAUCUGGGAUACGGUGGGUCAAGAAUCGUUCAGGUCUAUAACACGCUCAUACUACAGAGGCGCUGCGGGUGCGCUUAUGGUUUAUGAUAUCACUAGGAGAGAAACCUUUAAUCACCUUGCCAGCUGGUUAGAGGAUGCAAGACAGCAUGCAAAUGCAAACAAGACAAUAAUGCUAAUUGGUAACAAGUGUGACCUGGCACACAGAAGAGCUGUUAGCACAGAAGAAGGAGAACAAUUUGCUAAAGAACAUGGUUUAAUAAUCAUGGAAGCUUAUGCUAAAACCGCUCAAAAUGUUGAGGAGGUAGACAAAUGUGUUUUUUGUUUUCUAUAUUACAUUAUUGAACGGUGAUCAAUAAUAAGGGUGUGAAUUUAUGACACGAAACUAACCUAGCACGAAACUCACAGAUUAGGGCUUAGUCUAAAUGGGUUCGGGUUAGUUAUGGGUUGAAUUUGCAAAUGCAUUUACCUAAAUGGGUCGAAUUUGGGUUGACCUGGCGGGUUUAGAGAUGCACAAAAUGGGUUUUUUAAUACCCUGGAACCGGGGCUGGGUUUUGGUCAACAUAGUCAAGAACCGGGUUGGGUAGGGUAGAGGUGGAACUGGGUCUGGUGGUUCCGGGUCAGGUUGGGUCGGGUUCAAUUUCUUUUUCUACACCCGGGUCUGGAAAUUGUAUGUACCCGCGAGUCGGGUAGGAUAGGAACCGGUUCCGGGUAUUUUGUGCAUCUCUAGCAUAGUUCUUAAUGGGGAAUAGCGGCAAAUAGCGGGCGCAUGUGGUUGAGUCAUUUGGGUUUUCGGGCGCAUGGAGGGCAUCUACUUCUGGUCAAGCUUUCCCGCAAUGUGUGUUUGAUCAUUGGGACAUGAUGUCAUUUGACACGUUGGAAGUCAGGUCACAGGCAAGUACGCUCAUGACGUAGAUUCGUAAGAGGAAGGGUUUGAAGGAGCAGAUGACACCGCUUUCGGAGUUUGAGGACAAGUUGUGAGUCAAAGUUCUUGUUUGUUUUCGUUUUACAACUUUGCUAUGUUUUAUUUUAGUUAUGACGUUUUGAUCUAUUUUUAUUGAUCAUAUUUUAUUGUUGGUCAUUGUGCUUUAAAGGCUUCAGAUAUUAUGUUUGGAUCUUUGAGUAAUAGACUUCAAUUGGAAUUGUAGUUA